CCCAGCCGGCCGGGCCUGCUUGCUCGCGCGUUCAUCCGUGGGCUGCAAUGGAUAUUCGAAAAUUCUUUGGGGUUAUACCAAGUGGAAAGAAACUUGUAAGUGAAACAGUAAAGAAGAAUGAGAAAACAAAGUCUGCUGAAGAAAGUUUAAAAGCAAAGAAAGGAAUAAAGGAAAUCAAGGUAAAUAAUUCUUGUACAGAAGAUGAAAUCAAGCCGAAGCAGUCAAACAAGAAAAAGAGGAUCAUCUAUGAUUCGGAUUCAGAAUCAGAGGAAACAGUACAGGUAAAAAAUGCCAAAAAGCGACCAGAAAAAUUGCCGCUGUCUUCUAAACCUGCUAAAAUCCAACAGCAGGAUCCUGUUACCUACAUUUCAGAAACAGAUGAAGAUGAUGACUUUGUGUGUAAGAAGACAGCCUCUAAAUCAAAAGAAAAUGGAGGAUCUACAAAUAGUUAUCUUGGAGCAUCAAACAUGAAAAAGAAUGAGGAAAACACUAAGACCAAGAAUAAGCCUUUGUCACCAAUAAAACUUACCCCGACAUCAGUGCUUGAUUAUUUUGGAACUGGAAGCAUCCAAAGAUCAGAUAAGAAGAUGGUGGCAAGCAGAAGAAAAGAGCCUUCACAAAAUGCAGAUGAUUCCAGAUUAAAUGAUGAAGCCAUCGCCAAGCAAUUACAACUUGAUGAAGAUGCAGAGCUGGAGAGACAACUGCAUGAAGAUGAAGAGUUUGCUAGAACGUUAGCCAUGUUGGAUGAAGAACCUAAGACCAAAAAGGCUGAAAAGGCUGCAGAAGAAAGAGAGACGUUUUCAUCUGUACAAGUCAAUUUACGUAAAGCAGAGAAACCUAAAUAUCCUCAUAAAGAACAAUUUUCAGAUGAAAGAAAGAACUUCAGCCCUAAGAAGCAAACUAAGUGUGAAGGUUUAAGAGAAUCCCAGCAACGUUCCAGGUCAUCAGCUCAUAAAACAGGAGAAACUUCUCCAAAAGCCAGUUCUAAGCUGGCACUUUUGAAAAAAAAAGAAGAGAGUUCUAAUAAAGAAACAGAGUCUAUGGCCUCAAAAAGAAAAGAAAAUGUUAUUGAGUUUAAAGAGACAAGAACUCCUAAGAAAAUCAAAAGUUCUCCAGCUAAAAAAGAGUCUGUAAGUCCUGAUGAUGCUGAAAAGAGACGCACUAAUUAUCAAGCUUACCGAAGCUACUUAAAUCGAGAAGGUCCCAAAGCUCUGGGCUCCAAAGAAAUACCAAAGGGAGCUGAAAAUUGCUUGGAAGGCCUUACGUUUGUAAUCACAGGAGUGCUGGAGUCCAUUGAACGAGAUGAGGCCAAGUCUCUAAUUGAGCGUUAUGGGGGAAAAGUGACGGGAAAUGUCAGCAAGAAAACAAACUACCUGGUCAUGGGUCGUGAUAGUGGCCAAUCCAAGAGUGACAAGGCAGCAGCCUUGGGAACAAAUAUUAUUGAUGAAGAUGGCCUGUUGAAUCUGAUUCGAACCAUGCCAGGCAAGAAGUCCAAGUAUGAAAUAGCUGCUGAAGCUGAGAUGAAGAAAGAAAAAUCCAAAUUGGAAAGAACACCCCAAAAAAAUGACCAAGGAAAAAGAAAAAGUAGUCCAACUAAGAAGGAAUCAGAAUCUAAAAAGUGCAAACUGACUCCCAAAAGGGAAAGCUCUAUAAAGUCACUAAAAAAGGAAGCAAGUGUGUCUCAGAGAGGCCUGGACUUCAAGGAGCAGGCGGCUGAGGAGGCAAAUGGUGACAGCCGGGCUAGGAAUUUGGCUGAUGACAGCAGAGAAAGCAAAGUGGAAAGUUUGCUCUGGGUGGAUAAGUAUAAGCCAACCUCGCUCAAGACCAUAAUUGGACAGCAAGGUGACCAGAGCUGUGCCAACAAACUCCUGCGCUGGCUCCAAAACUGGCACAAGAGUCCAUCCGAAGAUAAGAAACACGCAGCAAAGUUUGGUAAAUUUGCUGGCAAAGAUGAUGGGUCCAGUUUUAAAGCGGCAUUGCUCUCAGGUCCUCCUGGUGUUGGCAAAACAACCACAGCUUCUCUGGUUUGUCAGGAAUUGGGGUAUAGCUAUGUGGAACUGAAUGCAAGUGACACCCGGAGUAAGAACAGUUUGAAGGAGAUUGUUGCUGAGUCACUGAAUAAUACCAGCAUCAAAGGCUUUUAUUCAAGUGGAACAGUCCAUUCAGUAGGCACGAGGCAUGCUCUCAUCAUGGAUGAAGUAGAUGGCAUGGCUGGCAAUGAGGACAGGGGAGGAAUUCAGGAAUUAAUUGGCCUGAUAAAACAUACAAAAAUACCCAUUAUUUGUAUGUGCAAUGAUAGAAACCAUCCCAAGAUUCGCUCUUUGGUUCAUUAUUGUUUUGAUCUUCGUUUUCAAAGACCUCGGGUUGAACAGAUUAAGGGUGCUAUGAUGUCUAUUGCAUUUAAAGAGGGUCUAAAGAUCCCCCCUCCAGCUAUGAAUGAAAUAAUUUUGGGAGCUAAUCAAGAUAUCAGACAGGUUUUACACAAUCUGAAUAUGUGGUGUGCACGAAAUAAGGCACUAACCUAUGACCAGGCCAAGGCUGAUUCUCAUAGAGCCAAAAAGGAUAUCAAACUGGGCCCGUUUGAUGUUGCCCGGAAAGUGUUUGUAACUGGAGAAGAGACUGCUCAUAUGUCACUUAUGGACAAAUCAGAUCUCUUCUUCCAUGAUUAUUCAAUAGCACCCCUCUUUGUCCAGGAGAACUACAUACAUGUGAAGCCCGUAGCUGCAGGGGGUGACAUGAAAAAGCACUUGAUGCUUUUAAGCAGAGCAGCAGACAGCAUAUGUGAUGGUGACCUAGUGGGCCGUCAGAUCCGGAAUAAGCAAAACUGGAGUCUUCUGCCCACACAGGCCAUUUAUGCCAGUGUUCUUCCUGGAGAGUUAAUGAGGGGGUACAUGACCCAGUUUCCCACCUUCCCAAGUUGGUUGGGGAAAUACUCAUCUAUGGGCAAACACGAUCGUACUGUUCAGGACCUGGCUCUGCAUAUGAGUCUCAGAACUUACUCCAGCAAAAGGACAGUAAACAUGGAUUAUCUGUCACAUCUAAGGGAUGCACUUGUACAGCCCUUGGCCUCACAAGGGAUAGAAGGAGUACAGGAUGUUGUUGCUCUCAUGGACGCAUAUUAUUUGAUGAAAGAUGACUUCGAGAAUAUUAUGGAAAUUAGCAACUGGGGAGGCAGACCUAGUCCGUUUUCUAAACUGGAUCCCAAGGUGAAAGCAGCCUUCACAAGAGCUUACAAUAAAGAAGUCCACCUUACUCCGUAUUCACUCCAGGCAGUAAAGACACACAGACAUAGCACAGGCCCAUCACUGGAUUCUGAAUACAGUGAAGAGUUAAAUGAAGAUGACUCUCAAUCUGAUGAGAAAGACCAGGACACUUUGGAAACUGAUGCUAUGAUCAAGAAAAAGACAAAAUCUUCAAAGCCUUCAAAAUCAGAAAAAGAUAAGGAGUCCAGAAAAGGAAAAGGAAAAAGUUCAAAGAAAUGAAACACUUUCACUGUUGACAGCUACUUUUUGCUUACCCUGCUGACCAGUCUCAGCUGGUCUUAGAGAAUAUCUUGUUUUUCCAAAGGAACCAUGUUUUAGUGUGAUGGGAGAACCUCAUGGUCUCAUUGCAAAUAAACGGUGGUACAGCUAGGACGUUAACUGGUAGGCUG